UCAAGGCUCAAGCGGUGACGUAGACUUCCGGUUCGGUGGCCUGACAUGCGCGCACGGCUGUCGACAGGGCUCGAGGGUCGUUUUGGUGCGGUGGCUCGGCACCUCAGCCCUCCAGAGUGCCAUGAGGUCGGUUAGCUAUGUGCAGCGCGUGGCGCUGGACUUCAGCGGGAGUCUCUUCCCGCACGCCAUCUGCCUCGGAGACGUCGAUAACGACGCGUUAAAUGAGCUGGUAGUAGGAGACACCAGCGGAAAACUGUACGUGUAUAAGAGUGACGACAGCCGGCCGUGGCUUACCUGUGCAUGCCAGGGAAUGUUGACUUGCGUUGGGGUCGGAGAUGUCUGCAAUAAAGGGAAGAACCUGGUGGUAGCAGUCAGCGCAGAAGGCUGGCUUCACUUGUUUGACCUGACACCCACCAAGGCUCUAGAUGCUUCUGGGCACCAUGAGACACUUGUCGAGGAGCAGCGACCUGUCUUCAAGCAGCACAUCCCUGCCAACACAAAGGUCAUGCUGAUCAGCGACAUCGAUGGAGAUGGGUGUUAUGAGCUGGUGGUAGGAUACACGGACCGUGUGGUGCGGGCCUUCCGCUGGGAAGAGCUGACUGAGGGGCCUGAACACCUGGCAGGGCAGUUGGUGUCCCUCAAGAAGUGGAUGCUGGAGGGCCAGGUAGACAGUCUCUCUGUGACCCCAGGGCCCCUGGGUGUGCCUGAGCUGGUUGUGUCGCAGCCAGGGUGUGCUUAUGCAGUUCUCCUGUGCACCUGGAACAAGGACACUGGCUCCCCUCCUGCCUCUGAGGAGGCCACAGGAGACAGUAGGGAGACCCCUGCCCGAGAUGUGGUACUGCACCAGACCUCUGGCCGAAUCCACAACAAGAACGUUUCUACUCACCUAAUUGGCAACAUCAAACAAGGUCAUUACCCUGAAAGUGGUAACACAGGCCUCUUUGCCCUGUGCACCUUAGAUGGAACACUGAAGCUGAUGCAGGAAGCAGAUAAGUUGCUGUGGUCUGUGCAGGUGGAUCACCAGCUCUUCGCCCUGGAAAAGCUGGAUGUCACGGGCAAUGGGCUUGAGGAGGUGGUAGCCUGUGCCUGGGAUGGACAGACAUAUAUCAUCGAUCACAACCGCACUGUUGUGCGCUUCCAAGUGGAUGAAAAUAUCCGUGCCUUCUGUGCAGGCCAGUACGCCUGCAAAGAGGGCCGCAAUAGUCCCUGCUUGGUCUAUGUCACUUUCAAUCAGAAGAUCUACGUGUACUGGGAAGUGCAGCUGGAACGUAUGGAGUCCACUAAUCUUCUGAAGCUGCUGGAGGCUGAGCCUGAGUACCACAGCCUACUGCAGGAGCUGGGUGUGGAUCCUGAGGAUCUUCCUGCAGUCUGUACCCUGCUUCAGCAGACUCUCUACCAUCCGGAUCAGCCAAGCUUCCAGGACCCCACCUAACUAGGCUUGAUCACUUAGCUGGUGAAGGAUCCUUCUGAGUCCCCCAACCCUACCCCAAAGUGAUCUUGGCAGGAUGGGGAAUGUAUAUUACAGAGGAGCAAGACUUGG